AUGGCUGCAUCAAACGUUUUGGCCGCUACUCUUAAGUCAUUGCAUCGCCCUGGCAAGCCAAUCAUCUUUACCAAUGUUUAUGACGUUCUAUCAGCUCGCGCUGUAGCUGCUCUUCCAAGUUGCAAAGCACUGGCUACAGCAAGUUAUGCUGUUGCCAGAGCGAAUGGGACGGAAGACGACGACAUGGACGCCCAAACGAACAUCCGCGCUGUCCUGCCGAUCGCGAAAGUUGCCGCAGAGUUCAACAAGCCAUUCACAGUUGAUAUUCAAGACGCAUACGGAGAGAAGCUCGAAGAGGUCAUGACAGCACUUAUUCAGGGUGGUGUCCAUGGAGUGAACUUGGAGGACGUCAACAAAGACACCCAGAAGUUUUACAGCCAACAAGAGGCUGUGGAGAGAAUUAAAAGGACGUUAAAGGUCGCCGAGAAUCUAGGGGUCAAGGAUUUUGUGGUCAACGCCCGAUGCGAUGUUCUUGUUCACGGUGGUCCGCUUAGCGAGGUUCUCGCUCGAGGAAAAGCAUAUCUCGCUGCCGGCGCUACCAGUGUGUUUGUCUGGGGAGGCUCGCAGAGGGGAGUUAGCCGCGAUGAGGUUGCAACAAUGGUGAAGGAAUUCGAUGGGCGACUCAACGUUUCGAUGAAGCUGUCACCUGACGGAUUGAAUGCAUCUCAACUAUCUGAGAUUGGCGUAUCCAGAAUAAGCAUUGGUCCUGCAAUUCAGUUCAUCGCGAUGGAUACAUAUGCAAAGGAGGCAGAGAAGAUACUAACUUCGGUUUAA